AUCAAUUGUAUUAUUUGAAUGAGAUAUAUGAUUAAUCUUUUUUAUUAAUUUGAUGUACUAUCGUUGAUUUUUCAGGCUUAAAAUUUUCAAGCAAGAGGAACUUGUGAGAUUUUGAGUUAAAUAAAUUUUGGGGUAUCAUCUUUUGUUGGAUAAUUGAGGAGAGAGUUUUGAGAUGGGUAAAGUAGAAGUUCUUGUUAACAAUAAAGAAAGUGGUGUUACACAAAUUCAUUUAGAUAACAAAAUUAGUGUUGUAGAAAAUGAUGUAAUUGAUAAAAAAUAUUAUUUAGAUUGUCUUCCAGAUGAAGCAAAAGUGAUAUUGAAAUCAUUGGCAAGUAAGUGGAAAAAUGUAUUGGAUGCAAAUGCAUUGGAAGUUAUUCCUCUUAAAGGAGCAAUGACCAAUGAGGUAUUCCAAAUAAAAUGGCAAACAAUUGAAGGGGAAAUGUCAAGAAAGGUUCUUGUUAGAAUCUAUGGCGAAGGUACUAACAUUUUCUUUGAUAGGGCUAAUGAGAUUCGAACAUUCGAAUUCAUCUCAAAGAAUGGACAGGGACCUCGUUUGUUAGGAAGGUUUUCUCAGGGUCGCGUUGAAGAGUUCAUUCGCGCAAGGACAUUAUCAGCACCUGAUAUGCGCGAUCCAACUGUUUCUGCUCUUAUAGCCUCCAAAAUGAAAGAGUUCCAUGAUCUUGAAAUGCCUGGUCCCAAGAAUGUGUACCUUUGGGAUAGAUUGCGAAAUUGGCUUAGUGAAGCGAGGCGCUUGUCGUCUCCCAAAGAAGUUAAGACAUUUCAUUUGGACAUAAUGGACAAAGAAAUCUCUCUUCUAGAAAAGGAAUUGUCGGUAUCUCCUAAUCGCAUAGGGUUUUGCCACAACGAUUUACAGUACGGUAACAUCAUGCUCGAUGAAGUUACCAAUUCUGUGACCAUAAUUGAUUAUGAGUAUGCAAGUUAUAAUCCGGUGGCAUAUGAUAUAGCAAACCACUUCACUGAGAUGGCAGCCAACUAUCAUACCGAAACUCCACAUGUUCUUGACUUCAGCAAAUACCCUGAUUUGAAGGAACGUCAAAGAUUUGUGCAGACAUAUCUAAGUUCAUCAGGAGAGCAAGCUAGUGAUAGUGAAGUUCAACAACUACUUGAUGAAGUUGAAAAGUAUACACUUGCAAGUCAUCUAUUAUGGGGCCUUUGGGGAAUAGUUUCAGGGCAUGUAAAUAAAAUUGAUUUUGACUACAAGGAGUAUGCAAAACAGAGGUUUCAAGAGUACUGGUCAAGGAAAAAUACUCUUUUGAGCCCUCAUGGAUUAUCCAAUGUUAAUGUUAUCUCUGGGCGGAAAACAUUGGCAUCAAUGAUCAGUAAAAAAUCAACAAAGAGCCCUCUUGUUGAUUCAAAAAAUACAAAGAGCCCUCGAAUCUCCAGGAAGUUGAAGAAAUUUUUGGGUCUUGGUUUAUUCAGAUCAAAACACUAGAGCACUGUAUUACUCUGUUUUCACCUUUAUGAAUGAAAAUAGGAAAAAUCAUAAGAAAAUGUAGAAACAAAAUGUACUACAAUCGUGUAAAGUUUUAUAAUAUUUAUUUUUUUAUACAUUAUUUGUAAAUAAACACAGUUUUCUCCCUUUCUAUUUUUUUUUUAUUUGGAGAAGUUCUCCCUUUCUAAAUAA